AUGGGUGUGCCCAUGAUCUCAAUGCUUUGUCUCAUCUCUGUCUUUGCCAUAUUAUCACAAAUCUCUUAUGCUCAAAACUCACCCCAAGACUACCUUAAUACUCAUAACGUAGCCCGUUCCCAAGUUGGGGUUGGGCCUAUGAGAUGGGAUGCAACCGUUGCCUCAUAUGCACAAAACUAUGUGAACAAACUCAAGGGAAACUGCAAUUUGGUGCACUCAGGGGGUCCUUAUGGUGAGAACCUUGCGUGGAGCAGUGGUGACCUUACAGGCAUAGCUGCUGUGAACAUGUGGGUGGCAGAGAAGCCAAACUAUGAUUAUAACUCUAAUUCGUGUGUUGGUGGGGAGUGCAGGCACUAUACACAGGUAGUUUGGCGUGACUCGGUUCGUCUUGGUUGUGCCAAGGUGCGGUGCAACGAUGGUCGUAGCACCAUCAUCAGCUGCAACUAUGAUCCACCAGGAAAUUUUAUUGGUCAGAGACCUUUCGAUAUUAGUCCUUUCCAAGUACCAUUGAGCUUCAACAAUGGUUUGUAUGAGAACUAG